AAAACAAUAAACUUCCAGAUUCCUUUGGAGGAUUAAACUUUUUUCACUCCCGGUGAGGGUCAUAUUUGAUUGGUGCAUGACCUCGCGACUACUAAAAUUGGCAAUACGCUCUGGUUUGCCUGCCAUAUAUAAAAAUCGCCUGCUUUGAAUGCAUUUCCCUUGUUGUUGUUUUUUCUUUAUUUACCCUUUACCAACGAAACUUCAAUCAUCGAUCUUGUAUCGUCUCAACAUGUUUUCUCAUUUUCCGUCGAACCGCGCGCUAGCUGCAAAAAAGCUUGGGAUCCCAGCACCAGCGAGUUCCGCACCUCAAGCACGAGACGAUGGAUCUUAUUUGCUACCUGUACAAAAAUCGCAUCCUGUUCCUACGACGAUUCGCCAUUGGCAACUGAGAGAUGUUAUUUCUAGUCCCCUUCCUAACACCGUGGUUCAUCCGCAUGAGAAUGCCCUUCAUUUUGUAAAUGACUGAUUUCCCACAUGGCGGGCAAUAUCCCAAGAUGGCUAAACAGUGAUAAACUUUUUUUAGUACGAUACUAAGAACGGGGCCGAUUC